UAUAUUUAAAAGAAGAGAGAGAGAAAACUAUAGCUCAAAGUCCCAUUGACUUUUUAUUUCUUUCUGGGUUCACUGUUAUCAAGUCACAUUUUCUUCCUCUGUUUCUUCACAUAAGACAUUACUGCCAGAUGCUUCUGUAUAGAGAAAAGGAAGCUCCUUUGCCAAUGUAGAAGAAGUAUCCAUGUCAUUUUUGGACCUUUUAGAUGAUGGGUUGUUUCUCCAUAUUGUCUCCUUUCUACAAUAUGUUUAAGAACCAGCUUCAAGAACUUGCACAAAGGAGCUGUUUCAAUCUUCCUUCUUAUGCCUGUGUUAGAGAAGGACCUGAUCAUGCGCCAAGAUUCAAAGCUUCUGUUAACUUCAAUGGUGAGAUCUUUGAAAGCCCAAGUUACUGCACUACAUUAAGACAAGCAGAGCAUGCAGCUGCUGAAGUUGCGCUCAAUGUCCUUUCUUCAAGAGGUCCUUCAAGGUCUCUAACUGCAAGAGUUCUUGAUGAGACUGGAAUCUACAAGAACCUUCUUCAAGAAACUGCUCAUAGAGCAGGGCUUAAUCUACCUGUAUAUACUACUAUAAGGUCAGGUCCUGGCCAUGUCCCAACAUUUACUUGUACUGUGGAGCUGGCGGGUAUGAAUUUCACUGGGGAACCAGCAAAGACAAAGAAACAAGCUGAGAAGAAUGCUGCAAUAGCAGCUUGGUCUGCUUUGAAAAGAAUGCCUAGUCUUGAUUACUUGACAAACAAAGAAGUGGUGGAGAGUCGUGAAGAGCAAGAUCAAGCAGUUGUAGCAAGAGUUCUCUCAAAUUUUAGAUCCAAAGAUGAAUAUAAUAAGCAAGCAAGAAAGAAGGAUUGUAGCCAAGCAAGAAGAAGACUGGUAAAGGGUUAUAGAGACUAUAGCUCUGCGUCAUCAUCGUCUUCCUCUACCUCCAGUAACUCUCUACACUAUCAACAUCGGAAGCUAUUGGAUCUGUUGUUGGAUUCUGCUCUCGAUAGUUCAACUCAAAAACAAAGCUCGUUUGUGUCUUUACUUCCUCCUCCUCCGCCUAGAACAACUUCAAAAAUUCUGCCACCAACCUCACCUAUAGACAAUCCAUAUUCUUAUCCAUCAAGCAGGUGUAAUCCUCAUCAGAUACAAGUUAAGGGAAAACAACAAACGAAAGAGAUAGAAGAACAUCAGAAGGAUGAGGAAGAAUGGCCGGGUGCUAUCAAGAAAUCCAUUGAAAAGGAAAGUUCAAGUAGUAGUGUUUACGGUUCGAGUUCUUUAUACAGGCAAUUUCCCCAUCAAGAAUCAACAAGCCACAUCGGUAAUAGAAUUUUUGGGCCAUCAUCAACAUCCAUCAAAAGUACACCUUCAAGCAUUCAUAUGUGUAGUAAUAGUCCUUUUUACAGUGGAAUGUUAUACCCACAUAGAAUUGCACCAGCAGUUCAAAUUAGGUCAGUCAUUCCAGUUUGUGCGGCACCACCAGCAGCAGUUAGACCAGCACCAGCACCAGCGCCAUCAUCUUCUACUACUACAAUAACUGCAAAGUCCACACAAGCAGGAGCAGGAGCAGGAGCAGCAGCAGAGGUAUCAAUGUCAUCAUCAAUGGUCAACAAGACAACAACAACAACAGAGCCAUCAUCACAUCCAACUCAACUGAGUUCUUCCGAGUUCAACAAGAAGUUACAAUUAUGAUACUGAAAAAAAGAAGAAGCAAACUUUACAUCGAUAAAUUAGCAAUUUCUAGCAAGUUUCGCUUAAUGGGUUAUCACUUAAUUACUUCCUUUUUUAGCUCCAGCAAGAAAAAGAAAAGAAAAAAAGAAGGAAGAAGAAAGAAAACCAUGGUUUUGGUCUUUAUUGGCUCAAUGGUUAUAUUUUUGUACUGCUAGUUUAGUUAUAGAUAAUUAUAAAUUUUGACAACGUCCGUCUUCUCCCAUGCAUUUACUGCACUACAAAGGAAGGGGGAGUGAGAGAGAAAGAGAGCAUUAAAUGGGAUCUGGGGAAGUGGGUUGCAGGAGAUAAGAAGGAAAGAGAGGGAGAGGGGCAGAUAGGGGUAGCAAUGAAGGCAGAGAGUCUGAGAGAGGACGAACAGACAAUUGCAGCGAUAAGCGCAAGCAAUUAAUUUACCCCUUCUAUACUUUCAGACCCAAAUUUAUUAGUCUUGUCUUCUCCAUUAAUGCUUUGCUCUCCUCUUCCCUCUCCUUUUACUUUUUCUCGAUUUAUACAUAUUUUAUGUGGUUCUCUCUU